GAUUACGUCCUGCCUUGCUUCACCCUAUGGCAAACAAGUACUCCAUGACUGCAUGGUGACUUGAGGGAUUUAUGCUGCUCGGUAUACGUGUCCUGCGGUGCUCUGGCUCAACAGCAUGUUACGACAGCAAGUGAUUUGUGCUAAGUGGUAUAUUUGAGUUCCAUUUCAAGUACAGUGUACUGUUGUCAUCAGUAUGAUUGAUCAAGUGACGACUAGAGAAAAAAGGGUCCCAUCGUGAUUAACUGUUACUGCUACAGUACGAGGGAAGAUCUGAUUUGGCAGCACAUUGUUGUACUGGCUAAAUUUCUAUUAUCCUAGUGCCAGACAGGAAAGCGGUAAACAUAGCGAGAGCUUACUGUGGAACAGUCCGAUGAACGACGUUCCGCCGACAUUCCUUCCACGCUCCACGCCACUGCACUGGACACAUCAGAUCUUCUGUUGUAGGACCCCUAACAGUUCCGGCGUUAUUCCUGUCAUGAUUUUCGAGCCCGAUCUGGCGAUACAGCUUCGUGGCGUUUGUGAAUUGGGAAAGGGACGCCGGGGUGACUCGACAGUAGAAGUCCUCAGGAAUCAAGUUUGGGAAUGCCCUCCUCUCCAGAUACGAAUACGUCAACGGGAUUUCGACCGAUGCUUUGACGUGGGCAAAGGUCUUUCCCAUCAGACACACUGAGCAGAAGGUUUGCGUCCGACAAGGAGGAGUAUGUAUGCGGACUUUGCGGCAUCUGGGAUACAUACUCUAACGGGAGAAGCGUUCUCUGGCGACUUCAAAAUGCUUGCUAGACAUGAGGCACCUCCAAUGUCUUCUCAAGACGAAGAGAGAAGCAGCACAGCUUGCCCUGGCUUCUCAGAUGUCUCUGCAGAUCACACAUCUUAGAGCGAAGUAAAAAGGGCGGGUGUGGUUAAGCGAAAUUGACGGGUGACUUUUUCGAGACUCCCCAGGCUAUCCGUGCGCGCAGGCAAAUUACUGACCGAGAGUUCUCAUGCUCUUCCACAUGCAAGGCUCUAGGAUAAUCACCGGAUCAGAUUGGGCCCCACAAGGGUUCAACUGAAAACGGGGGACGAUCUGCCUGCUGGCCUGGACUUUCUAGGCUCUCCAUAUGUCGUAAAGCGGAAUCCCUACAAGGACGCGGAGGACUCCGUGAUAAUACAUUUCUGUGCGCAUC